AUUCGCGCAAAAGAAGCUGCAACGAGCACAACGUGAUAAGACGGAUAAAGGUGAUAGAAAGAGAAGAAGAGAAGAACAGUGUUGCCUAGCGCAUUGGGCAUUUUAUUACGUUAUUAAGUGUCAAAGUAUUAAACGAGGUGUUGCCAAUUACCAACAAAGUGUUAUAUUGAAUUCUACACAUAAAUAAGCACCACAAAAUAAGAAAGCACAAUGAAUGUGGAAGAGUUUCGCAAAUACGGUAAAGAAGUGAUCGAUUAUAUGUGCAAUUAUAGCACCAAUAUUGAGGAACGCGAUGUGGCGCCAACAUUAGAUCCCGGAUAUUUGAAAAAACUAUUACCAGCUGACGCGCCCCAAUCGCCGGAAUCGUUUAAAGAUGUGCUCGAGGAUUUUGAGCAAAAGAUUAUGCCGGGCGUUGUGCACUGGAAUCAUCCGAAAUUCUUUGCGUACUUUCCAUCGGGCAACUCAUUUCCAUCCGUCCUGGGCGAUAUGCUGAGCAGUGCCAUUGGCUCCAUUGGCUUCAGCUGGGCCAGUUGCCCGGCUGCCGCCGAGCUCGAGACGAUUGUGAUGAACUGGUAUGCAAAGGCACUGGGUCUGCCCAAGGCGUUCGUAUCCGAUGCACCCGGCAGCACUGGCGGCGGUGCCCUGCAGGGCUCCGCCUCCGAGUGUGUCCUGGUCUCCCUGAUAACGGCCCGUGCCCGUGCCAUCAGCGAGCUGAAGGGUCAGACCACUGUCCACGACAGCGUCUUUCUGCCCAAUCUGAUUGCGUAUGCGAGUCGCGAGGCGCACUCCAGCGUGGAGAAGGCAACCAAAAUGGCGCUGGUGAAGCUGCGCAUCAUCGAUGCCGAUGAACGUGGUCGGAUGCGUGUGGAUCUGCUGGAGCAGGCCAUACAAAACGAUACGAAUGCGGGACUGACACCAUUCUUUGUGGUGGCCACGGUGGGCACCACCGGUGGCUGUGCCUUCGAUGAUAUAUCCGAGAUUGGCAAAGUGUGUCGCCAGGUGUCCAGCAUAUGGCUGCACGUGGAUGGCGCCUACGCCGGCAACUCAUUCAUUCUGCCCGAGAUGCGGGUGUUCUCCGCGGGCCUGGAGUACGCCGACUCCUUCAAUACAAAUCCCAACAAACUGCUGCUGACGAACUUUGAUGCCUCGGCUCUGUGGGUGCGCGACGUGAUGACCCUGAAGAGUGCGCUCAAUGUGAAUCCUUUGUAUCUGAGGCACGAGCACAUGAAUGGCGUCGACUACAGACACUAUGGCAUUCCGCUGAGUCGUCGCUUUCGUGCUCUGAAAUUGUGGUUUGUCUUUCGCACAUACGGCGUGAAGGGACUGCAGGAGUACAUACGCAAUCACAUGGUCUUGGCCAAGAAAUUUGAGAUGCUUGUGCGCAAGGACGAACGCUUCGAGGUCCGCAACGACGUCCACUUGGGCCUCGUCUGCUUCCGCAUGCGAACGGGCGAUGAACCGAAUCAUCUGUUGUUGGCACAAAUCAAUCACUCGGGCAAAAUGCACAUGACGCCGGCCAAGUUCAAUGGUCGCUAUGUGAUACGUUUCUGUGUGACGUAUGAGCAUGCCACGGAGAAGGAUAUUUUGGAUGCGUGGAGUCAGAUCAAGGGAUUCGCCGAGGAAAUCUUAAGGGAUGCACAAUUGGAAAUCAGCUCGGCACCGACGACACCGGAAACGGAACGCACCAGCUCCGAGCCUGUCGUUUCCGGCAAGCCACCGAUCAAGAAGAAGCUGACGCGAACCAAAUCGUUGCGUUUCUCCUUCACCCGCAGCAUUUCACGGGAACAGUUCCAGAGUCAGAGCGAGCAUCUUAUGGAUGGCUGUACGCCCAUUUUGGUUGUGGAUCCCAAAACAAUACAGCUGAAUUUUCAGCAGGCAACAGAAAGCAAUCAAAGCAACAAUAACAACCACAAUAAUAGUAAUACAACAAAACUGAAGGAUAUUUCCGAUGUGGACACGGAUGAGGCGAGCAACUGAUCAGAUCGUGCAUAAGGGAAUAAUGCAAAUCUGUAGAUAGUAUUAGCUGUGUUUAUAUUUCGUUUUGUAUUGCUUGGUAUUACAAACGAGCUGAAAUGAGGCCUGUGUAUCCACAAAAUCACUCGAUUUGAAAUUGCUCAAUUGAAUUUAAGUACAUAUUUAUAUAGUUUGUAAGUUGCACUGCUGAAUUUCAUAUCAUUUAUUGCUGGGUUCCUAUUGCAACCAGUUUAAAGUUAAGUUAAAAUCUCUCAUGUACCACAAAAACCCCACUUAUUUAUAAACAUAAACAUUUACUUAGCAUUUGAUAUGCGCAUUUUUUAAAAAUACAUAUCUACCUGAAAGU